CUCCCUCUGUCUUUCCCUCUGGGUCCUCCUGCCCAAAUGUCAGCAUUCUGCCUAGAUGUGGUCCUGACUCCUGCCCAGACAGCUCCAGGGGACCUGGAGGGCUUAAAGGGGUGAGGCUCAAACACCUGGGGACCAGAGGCAGGUUUCUGGGACACAGAGGGGUAUCUCCUGGGUCCCAGGAUGGAGAAGCUCCUCAGCUGAGUCUCAGGAUGCUAACCCCUCCCUGGGGCUCCCCGUUUCUCACCUUCCCCCAGUAUGAUGAGCUGCCACACUACCCAGGCAUCGCAGAUGGCCCCGAAGCCCUGGCUGGCUUCCCAGAGGCAGUGCCCGCAGCACCAGGGCCCUACGGCCCGCCCCGGCCUCCCCAGCCCCUGCCCCUCGGCCUGGACAGCGACAGCCUGAAGAGAGAGAAGGAUGACAUCUACGGACACCCGCUUUUUCCCCUCUUGGCCCUGGUCUUUGAGAAAUGUGAACUGGCUACCUGCUCUCCCCGGGAUGGGGCCAGCGCUGGGCUGGGGACGCCCCCUGGUGGCGACGUCUGCUCUUCCGAUUCCUUCAACGAGGACAUCGCUGCCUUCGCCAAGCAGGUUCGCUCAGAGAGGCCCCUCUUCUCCUCCAACCCAGAACUGGACAAUCUGAUGAUCCAGGCCAUCCAAGUGCUGCGGUUCCACCUGCUGGAGCUGGAGAAGGUCCACGACCUGUGCGACAACUUCUGUCACCGCUACAUCACCUGCCUCAAGGGAAAGAUGCCCAUCGACCUGGUCAUCGAGGAUCGGGACGGCGGCUGCAGGGAGGACUUCGAGGACUACCCCGCCUCGUGCCCCAGCCUCCCAGACCAGGUGGGCCCCGGGGGGGUGCCAUGCAGCAUCCUGCAGCCACCGCCAUGCCUGGACACCACAGAAGGGCGCACACGCACCACACAGCUGCAGAUGGGGCCACAGUCGGCCUGAUCAUGGGGCACACAUAUGCACACAGCC